AUGGAGACAGCAACACCUCGUCAGUUUUCCUUAGCCUUUCCAAUGUUAUUGCUGAUGAUGAGUUUGAGCAUGUGUGAGACCACCAACAUCACCACUGAUCAAAUUUCUCUUCUUGCUCUCAAAGCCCACAUCACAUCUGACCCAAACAAAAUCAUAGCCACCAACUGGUCAUCCCUCACCUUUCCCUGCACUUGGGUGGGAGUCAGUUGCGGCUCCCGCCACCGCAGAGUCACUCAACUCAAUCUCUCCCGCAUGGGUUUAACCGGUGAAGUUCCUCCGGAACUAGGCCGUCUUUCUUUCCUAGUUUCCCUCAACCUGCGACAGAACAACUUCCUCGGCAACCUGCCGCCAAACCUGGCCAACCUGCGACGCUUGAGAUUUCUCGACUGUAGCGUCAACAACUUCAGCGGGAAUCUCCCAGCUUGGCUUGGUCUCUUGCCAAGACUUGAACACUUGAAUUUAAGAAACAACAGUUUCAGCGGUUCGCUGCCCUCUUUUCUAAGCAACAUUACAACGUUAGAAGAAAUCCAUUUAAGUUACAAUUCCCUGCAAGGGGAAAUCCCUCAAGAGAUUGGACAUCUUCCUAGGUUGAUUGAGUUGAACAUUGAAUACAAUCACCUCACCGGCUCAAUACCAUUCACUAUAUUCAACAUAUCCACGAUACAAUCUGUCGCGCUCACGAAGAAUGAACUGUCGGGAAGCCUUCCUCUUGACAUGUGUGACAACGUUAUUAAUCCUGCCCUCCAAAGACUCUAUCUUUCGCUCAACAACUUGGAGGGUGAAAUCCCAGCCAGUUUAUCCAAAUGCUUUGCCCUUCAAAUUUUGUCUUUGUCUUACAACAGAUUUCGAGGUCAAAUACCUCCUCAAAUUGGAAACUUAACCAACCUCUGGGCGUUAGCUCUUGGUGGCAAUCUUCUAACUGGUGAAAUCCCACAAGAAAUAGGAAAUCUUAACAGUAUGGAGUCACUGUCAUUAGAAAGAAACCAAAUAAUGGGUUCCAUACCUGCUGGGAUAUUCAAUAAUAUGACAUUCUUGCUUAUUCUCGAUUUGUAUGAUAAUAGGCUCUCUGGAACUCUCCCAGCAGAUAUUUGUCAUAACUUUUCUGGGCUUGAGCUACUUAACUUGGACACCAACCACUUCUAUGGAAGAAUUCCAAGAAUGCUUCAUAGGUGCACCAAUCUUCAAGAACUGGAUCUUGGCUCCAACAGUUUUACAGGUAAUGCUACACCAACUUAUUUAUUUUGGAAGAAUUAUUUGCAUUCUCGGUUGCAAGUUCAACUCUCAGUGAGAGCGGCUUAUUGGCCUUCUCGAUUUGAGCUAGUUAGCUAUGAACAAUUUAGAGCCACCUCAAUAGCGAGGUUCUUACCUGCAUGGGUAGCUCAGUUGGACAGGGGUGAAGUUUGA